AUGGUUUACAAGACAGCUAUAAAAGUUGGUGUCUGUCCCCCUUCCUCUGUUCAUCCAAAGUUUAUUGGUGGACAGAGUAUCCCUGUUGAUGUGGACAGUACCGCUGUUGAUGUGGACAGAUACCCUGUUGAUGUGGACAGUACCCCUGUUGAUGUGGACAGUACCCCUGUUGAUGUGGACAGUAUCCCUGUUGAUGUGGACAGUAACCCUGUUGAUGUGGACAGAAGUACCCCUGUUGAUGUGGACAGUACGGCUGUUGAUGUGGACAGUACCCCUGUUGAUGUGGACAGAAGUAUCCCUGUUGAUGUGGACAGUACCCCUGUUGAUGUGGACAGUAACCCUGUUGAUGUGGACAGUAUCCCUGUUGAUGUGGACAGUACCCCUGUUGAUGUGGACAGUAACCCUGUUGAUGUGGACAGUAUCCCUGUUGAUGUGGACAGUAACCCUGUUGAUGUGGACAGUAUCCCUGUUGAUGUGGACAGUACCCCUGUUGAUGUGGACAGUAUCCCUGUUGAUGUAGACAGUACCCCUGUUGAUGUGGACAGUACCCCUGUUGAUGUGGACAGUACCCCUGUUGAUGUGCACAGUACAUCAACAUCCAGUCCCUCAAGUCCGAGUUUCCUCGUCUAG